AUGAACCUUAAGCUCCUCUUCUUUUGCCUCUUCUUAGCGGUGCUCCUCAUACCUGCUGAACUGAAACAUAAAAAGCACAAGAAGCAUCACCAUCACCACCAUCAUGGUCCCGAGGAACGCGGACCUGGACAUAAACAUGGCAAAAAGAAAGGAACAUUUAAGGAUAUAACUGAAGACUUCUUCUUCGGGAUCUUAGAGGCAGUUGGUGGUGAUGAGGAUGAGGAUGAUGACCCACGUAAUUUAGACUGGCUGUUUGAACUUCAAGCGCCAGAGGGCCAAUGCAACCCGAACCCUUGCCUCAACAAUGGCGAGUGUGAGGAGAAAGGCAAGAGGAAAUUCAAAUGUGAUUGCCCCAGACCUUUCAAGGGAAGGAGAUGCGAGAAAGGUCCAAAACACUGUAAGAGAGGUAUAUGUGGGCGCGGUGAAUGUGUGCUGACUUCAACUCCCCCGUUCUAUGAGUGCAGAUGCAAGGAGCCCUUCCAGCCUCCACACUGCAGAACUUUUUCACUGUGUGAGCCUAACCCAUGUAGGAAUGGUGGACAAUGCAUCAAGGAGGGUAAUGACUUUGACUGCCAGUGCCCUCCAGGGUACAGAGGCCGUUUCUGCCAUGUUGGCCCAGAUGACUGCUAUGUGAGUAAUGGCGAGUCAUAUCGUGGUAAUGUGAGUGAGACAGAAGAUGGCGAUGAAUGCCUCUACUGGAACUCUCACUUCAUCCUGGACAAAGGUGCAGAUCCUUUCAGCUCCUACGAGGCUGAAGAUGGACUUGGCCCACACAACUUCUGCAGGAACCCAGAUGGAGAGGGGGCGCCCUGGUGUUUCUUCAGAAGAGGCCGCAGGUUGUUGUGGGACUAUUGUGAUGUGACAGUGUGUCCUGAACCGACAGGUGUGACACCAACCGAUUCCACUACUUCCAAGCCCAAACCCGAAACACCUGAACCUACAGCAGUCCCCGAGCCCACAUCUGAGCAGCCCAGCCAGGCUCCACAGCCUACUUCUGCACCCACUGUAGCUGCUGUCGCCCCCAAUGCCACCGCUCCACCGCUCCAGUUCUCCACCUGUGGGAACCCUCAGCCAAAAAAGUCAAUGGCCCGAAUCUUUGGAGGUCUGAAGGUCGCUCCUGGGGCUAUACCCUGGCAGGUGUCCCUGCAAGUGAGACCAAAGAACUCCAAGCAGGAAUUCAGACACGUGUGUGGAGGAGUGCUCAUCGAGAGCUGCUGGGUACUGACAGCCGGACACUGCAUAGAACAAAACAAAGACAUGCAGGUGCUUAUGGGAGGUCUGUCACUGAAUAACGAGGAAACCACGGAGCAAACCAUAAGUGUUGAGGAGGCUAUUGUACAUGAGAACUACAGGGAGACUCCUGCAGCUGUUUACAAUGACAUAGCCUUGUUGAAGCUGAGCGGUCACAACGGAGUUUGUGCCAAUGAGACUCAGUUUGUGAAGACAGCAUGUCUGCCUGAUGCCCAACUGCCUGAUGGGAUGGAGUGUACCAUUUCUGGAUGGGGUGCCACUGAGGAAUCUGACUAUGGUUCCAACCACCUGCUGGAAGCCAAUGUACUGCUGAUCAACCAGGAAAAGUGCUCUGAACGUGCUGUUUAUGGCAGAGUCCUGGAUGAUUCAAUGUUCUGUGCUGGCCACCUGCAGGGAGGGGUGGAUUCCUGCCAGGGUGACUCUGGAGGACCACUGACAUGUAAACAGAAUAGUACCAGUGUUAUUUAUGGUCUGGUGAGUUGGGGAGACCAGUGUGGAAAGAAGAACAAGCCUGGGGUGUACACACGCGUAACUCACUUCCUGGACUGGAUCAAAUCAAAGACACAAGCAGCAUCGGCAUGA